GCCUCCCAGAGAAUUACAGCUUUUACGCACGUGGAUAUGUUAAUCUGCCACGGUUCUGCGUGGGCGCCGCAUUCCUCCCCACAAACGCAGGACAUGAGAAGCGGCAGCGACGAAGCAAAUCCACCUUAAAUCAUAUGUUGACACAACAAGAACACCACUCUCCACCCAUAUCCGAGAGGAGCCUGUUAAAGAUGAGUCUCACCUUCCCAGAGACGCUAUUAUCACCGAGAAACACGCCGGCGUACCCAGAACAGCCGGACGCAUUGGGACAAACGGCUGCUAUUGGUCAGACCUGACCGGCACGCGGGGCGUAAAGUCGCGCGCUGAACAGGCACGAGCCCAUUAAAGACCAUACCGUGAAGCCGCUGCGGGUUUUCUAUUGUUUGGAUUAAUAUUUUUAUCGCCACCUGGGUUUACUUUACAUGCCAAAACUGGGGGAACAAACUGAAACACAACACUCUACACCGCGAAGCUUGGCAGUUUUCGCUACUUUAAUUGGGGACAGCAAGGGGCGGUAGUCGAAGCGAAGGACCUGCUUCACCAUCCUCCUCACCUUCUCCAUUCCCGACUCUGCUCGUCUCGUCCCCUUCCCUGACCACAGGUUAUCGAAUGGACCAGCAUCCCAGCGCCCGGAGCUGCACUAGUCGCGGGGCUUCGUCCUGCGAGGCCGUCCCGACGGAACCCUCCAUGAAUCUGUACAUCCACUCCACCACCGGCACUCGCUUCGAGCUCUCCCUGCCCCUGGAGGAGACCGUGGAGGGACUGAAGAGGAGACUCUCACAAAGACUCAAAGUACCCAAAGAGAGACUCGCUCUGCUGCACAAAGAAACGCGACUAAGUUCAGGCAAACUCCAGGAUCUAGGCAUCUCUGAUGGGAGCAAGUUAACACUUGUACCAACAGUCGAAGCAGGAUUAAUGUCUCAAGCAUCAAGACCCGAACAGUCAGUCAUGCAAGCACUCGAGAGUCUAACGGAAACUCAGGUCAGUGACUUCCUGUCCGGCCGGUCUCCCCUCACCCUGGCGCUGCGAGUAGGUGAUCACAUGAUGUUCGUCCAGCUCCAGUUAGCGGCACAGCAGUCUGGUGGUCCCCAGCUCCAGCACAGGCAUCUCAUCACCCGGGGCAACACGGAGGCCACUGCAGGACAGCCCACAGGGCAGCCCCGUGUCCCCCACACUCACCCGCACUCCCACCACCACCACUCCCACCAUCCACACAAUCAUCCCAGCCCCCACUUGUCACAGCCUCUCCCUGCUCCUUCUUCCCCCUCCUCCCCAGGCUCCUCUUCCUUCCCUUUGCCCUCUACGCACCACCAACCGGUCCCUCCCAUGUACCACCAGUUUCCCUCUACUGCUCAUUGUAGCCCCCCUACUCCUCCGCCCCACUCUCCGCGCCCCUCCCACAUCCCUGGAGGUCUUUUCCGUUCCCCUCAUCAUCACCAUCAUCAUCACCAACACCACCACCACUACCACCAGCCCUCGUCAGGCCAGCCCAGCCACGACAUCGGCCAGGCCAGCCCUGUAGCUCCGGUCCUUUGUCCUGAGGCCAACUGCAGCCCCACGAGCUCCAACAGUGGAACCACUUCCUCACCACGAACAAGAAAACCUGGUGCCAUCAUUGAGAGCUUUGUCAACCAUGCUCCCGGAGUCUUCUCAGGGACUUUUUCAGGCACUUUGCACCCCAACUGCCAGGAUAGCAAUGGGCGUCCAAGACGUGACAUUGGUACCAUCCUUCAGAUCCUCAACGACCUCCUGAGCGCUACACGCCACUACCAAGGCAUGCCCCCCUCCCUCACCCAGCUCCGCUACCAGGCCCAGUGUGGUUCACCUUCAUCCCCUUCGCCCUCACCACCCCCUUCACCUCCAGUUGCUGGUAUGACAGACCUCUCUGCCAAAGCUACCUCUGUGCCUGCUGGCAGCUCUAGCAGCCCUCCUCCAUCUCUUCAUCCACUGGUGCAGUGCCAGAGCCAGAUCCGUAUGUGCAAACCCCCUGGUGACCGCAUACGUCAGACUGAAAACCGAGCAACUCGCUGCAAGGUGGAACGCCUGCAGCUGUUGAUGCAGCAGAAGCGCCUGCGCAGGAAGGCCAGGCGGGACCAACGCGCUCCUUAUCAGUGGCUGCCCAACCGCAAGGCCGGGCGCAGCAACAGUAACAGCAGCCUGUCCAGCGAGGGUUCUCUGGAUCUGGACUUUGACGAUUCAGUGUGGAAGCCCGACGUGAAGGCCGACUUGAAGUCCGAGUUUGUCAUGGCUUGAAUCACAUGCUUUAUUUCCCUAUACGUCAAGAUUGAGAGAUGCACAGAGCAUUUCUUGGGAAUUAUUUGGAGAUAUAUUACAGAGGGAGUGUAUUGGCAGGAGGCGAGAUUGAACUGCAUAAAGGAAAUCAAAGUUGUCCUCGUGACUGUUAUCUGUCGCAUGAAUAAAAGCGCCUCCCUGCAGACCUUAAUCCUUCUCUGUCCUUCACGGAUGACAUUGUGGGAAGCAGAAACAAUAACAAAGAACUGUGGUGUGAUGCUUGGGUUUGGACAGGCAACAACUGGGCUUCACCAGUGUAUAAGACUUGUGUUUGGGGUGCUGCGAUAUCAGUGAUCAUACCUGGACUUCAGCAUAGCAGAAUUAAGUGGGUGGUGGUGGCUGUUUUCAGUUUUGUUUUUGUUUUUCAGCAUUUUUUUUAAGUGCACUCUGGGCUAAAAUGAAGAGAUCCACACUGGACUUUAUGAACGGGACAAGAGCAUCAGAAACUGUGGACUAUUCCAAUGGGCAUUCUUAUUAUUCUCCAAACUAACCAAUCAGAGUCCGGUUUGUUUCCUGUAACAGGGUGGUUAAACUUUUUUUCUCUUUUUCCACUUUUAAGCAUAUUGUAUUUUAUAAAAACAAAACGAUAUGUAGCAUUGUUCACAAAGCAUUCAGGUUUUCAUAUAACAGUUCAAAGUAGUUGUUUAUUUGCACAUGAUCUUGAUUUUAAACAGCUAGUCAAAAUGUGCAAGGAGGAGGAGGCGGGGCCUGAAAUGGAAUAAAGGUAAAAGGAGUAUUGACGUAGUGAUACCAACCUCAAUGACGUAGGGUAUUGAUAGGAAUGACUAAUAAACAAGAUGAAUAAAUAUUAAGAGAAAGUGCUUUAGAGGAUUUUAAAAUCUUUAAAAUAUAUUAUAGAAAACUCUAUUUUUGUUUCUCUUCCUAUCUGCUGUUUUGUAAAAACAGCAGCCCUCUGUGACUUUAGUCAAGUUGUUGACUGCCAGCAAACAUGUGCAUCCGUUCCACGAUUCCAUUAGCUCCUUUGUGAAUUACUUUAUGCUGCCACAACAAAUAAAACAGACUGUUGUCAUCCAUCUCGGCUGAUGCCGCACACGCUUGAAUGGUCUGUUGAGGGAUUUGGACUUUAUGUACAUAAAUGUGACAGUUGGCAAAUGUUUAUGAGGGUGUGUGUAUGCUUGGCACUAAUUUUAAGAUAAUCUUAAACUCUUCUGUGGUUUCUGUCUCCGAAAUAACUCCAUAUUAUCACACCAUGGAAAUCAGCUGCAGUUUAAAGUGUAGAUUACACAAUGGCAUCGUUAAAAAACAAGAAAAGCUAAAUGAAAAUUGUAGUUUUUGGCCCUUUAGAUGUACUCGUUCUCAUGACUGUGAUGGUAAAGAAGGAGAAGCAGUGGCAUCCUUUUCUAGUGCCUGCACCAGUACAUCCAUUGACAUAUCAGGUUAGACCUGUUUACGGUUUUGCUGCUACACACGGGAGUUUCAAAUGAGGAUAACAAAAUGACAUGAAUAGAUAAAGCAAGUCGAGGGGACGGGCGACUUUUCUUUGCAUGCAGAAGUGUGAAAUCACACAGAUUUUUUAAAUAAAAUUUUCUAUUAAAGAAAAAAAUGAAACUGGUGCUUUGGUAAUGAAGGUUAACAACAUGCAUGAAUUUGUGACGGAAAAAAAACAAUGCUGCUUUAUUGUUGGUUAGGUUUUUGUAACUUAAGAUUUGAUGUUAAACCGUGUCCUGCUAAAGUAGAACAACGCAAAACCAAAACCGACGAAGUGAAGCAUAAAUCUGUGUUGUUGCUCAGCACCGACCAUUCCUGUUGUGUGACAUGAAGAUGGUGAGCAAAGAUUCCCUUUGUCACUCCCUGAAUGCUGUUAUUUUUAACCCCCGGUGUUCCACGAGGACCCAGACAGCCGACCAACUGUUUAGCCUAUCCUCCUCCUCCUCCUCCUCCUCCUCCCCCCAGCCUGAAAGCUGACAGAGGCUCAUGUGGACGAAACCCUGCAGGGACUCGACCAGUGGAUUUAAACCCGAGUGAAGCAUCUAGUCGGUCUCUUUACUCUGUCUGACAGACCACCUUACCACGAUUGCACUCCCAGAAAUUGCAGUGAGAGAUUACCUUUUUUUGGUAAACCUCAUCUUUUUUUUUCUUCUUUUUUUUUAAGUGGCCUUACCUUUCACUAAAAAAAUGAGACACUUGGGGACAAUGGGGAUGGGAAUAUUUUUUUUCCUGUUAUUUUUUAUUUUUUUGUGCAUAUCGUUGUUGGAUUUGUCGUCACAGCGCCGUGUUUUUGUCACUGAGGACACUGGGCAUAUUUCGUUUAGUGCUUUUAGCUUGUGGAGUCUCUAUUAUGUCAAGGCUUCUGUGCCUUAAAAAAUGCCCUUGCAGUGUCGGUGUCAGAUUCAGUCCAGUUUCUGUCGGUUGAUAUACAUGAUUAGUAUUCACAACCAUGGCAGUCAUAGAUUUUUACGGGUAAAGCUUGUUUUGAGGGUCAAAUAAUUUGAUUCUCAAAUAUGACCUUUGUCCCGUUUCUCCAUUGUGUUGCCACGCUUGUUGGUCUGUCAUCUGAACCUCAUGUCCCCUGUUAACAGCAAGAUGCAAAGAGCUACAAAAACGAGGAAGAUUUUGCCACAGUACUUAAAUGGUAAAGACAAAGUUCUCUGAGGACUUCAGACUACAUGCACUUCCUGUUUCCAUGAAUGCAACAAAGUUAAAGGACAACUGAACGCCCCUCCCAAAUUUUAUUUAUUUCCUUUUGUAUAUGUAUGAACUAUACUCUGUGUGUGCCUCACUUCUGUGUGAAACUCAAAAAGGAGAAACAAAACAAAAAAAGAUGACUAAAGCAUUACAGAGAGGAUAAAUAACAGUAUGUUGGUGAAAUUCUGAUCACAUCAUUUAAGUUGCCUGUUCUUUCUUGUAGCCAACUAUUGAAAAUAACAGGUUUCAAGAAUACAAUUUACAAUAUUCUAGCUCUAGACCGGUGUAGCACAUGUGUGACUGUAUUAAUUUAUGAAACCAAAAUGGUAACUGUGAAUUAUGUAUUUCUUUGUGCUUUAUUUUUUGUUGUUUGUUUUAUUUUUUAUUUUGGAAAAAAAAAAAGUUCAGGGGAGAAUGUUGCAGCUGCAGCUUUAUGCUUGUGUCUGAAAAAAAAAACGUUUUAUUUUUGUUUGUUUUUUGGUGGAAAAUAAUGGAAACAGGAAAAACAACUGUUUCCAAAAAAUAAAAAUGGAAAAAGUUGGAAAAAAAUAGGAAAAAAGAAAAAAUAUAUGAAUAUAUUUUUUUUCUUAAGCAAUACAUUUCAGUGUGACUUGUGAUAGAACAUUUUCUUUUUUUAGGUAAUAAAUAAAUAAAACAAAAUGAGUACAUGA